AUGGCCGAGGUGGGAGAAGAGGAGGGCUGGAGAUUUCUCUACGAGGCGCUGCUGCGAAUCUCAUCGCUGCGGCUGCUGCUCACCAAGGAUUUGGUGGCGCCGUCGGUAUCGUGCAAUCGCGGGCUCAAGGCGUCCCUUGGACGAUUCUCGUCCUGUUUGGAGCUGGUUUGCGAGUGGCAAUCGGAGCGAGAAUGCGGGAAGCGCGUGGUGUUGCGCGUUCCUCUCCCAUUGUGUCCUGUCGAUCACGGGGCGCCGGUGGAAGCGGUGGCGCGGGAGGAUCACAUCGAGGUUAAGCUCAGAAUGGUGAGUGGUGGAGCGAGUUUUUUGCUGAGCAGCGAAAUGGGAAUGCUUCCGAGCACAAAUGAAUCAUCCGAGCUUGCAUCACGCGCACCGGAAAUUAUUCUUGGCUGCAGGGCUUGCAAGGCGGCGAUCACACGAGGAGGAUUCGAGUCAGUGCUGGAACUUCCCUCCGUUGAUUGGAGAGAGGCCACGGACGACUGGUUUGGAGUAUGUUGCUGUGGCUCCAGUAUAAGAACCGAGUCAAUCGUUGCAGGGUUUGAGAAAAACGUCACCGCCUCGCACGGGAAACUCCUGGUUGGAAACUCGACAUGCAUCGUUCACGCCUCGGAUCUUUGCCAGGCAUCACCACCAGUUGACAGCGCCUGCGAUAGAGCGCAAGAAAAGGAGAAGAGCGAGGCUGGUGCUCUCGAGGUAGAAGUAAACGGGGAUACAAACCAGGGUAAUCACAGGCAACACACUUCGGUUUUCCGGGGGCACCAGCACGAUGUCUGCUGUGAAAAAAAUGACUGCGUUACUACUCGUGAAGAACAUACGUCAGGUCCAGGUUUCUACGACUUUCUCAAAGGUCCGGUGGAGCCAAUGAACAGCGGUACAUGGCAGCCAUUCAAUUGCCUCGAGUGCUCGUCGCUGAUUGGAGUUUUCUUAGAACCAAACGAAGGCCAAACACCGAAACCAGCCGUCCAUCUGUUCAAGCGACACAUACUAGCGGCUGAAAACACACUGACCAAGGAGUCAUUCAGGCACCACACUCUUGAGAAGGACUUUACCAAGGAGCUCGUAUCUAGAGCCGAGCAAGACUCUUCCUAUAGAUACGUCGUUCGAGGCUUGAGACUUAAAAGACCAAUGCUCCAGGUGGUGCUUGUAAAUGAGAACUCUCUCGUUUUCUCUGGAGCAGUGGUGGAUUCCAAGAGACAAGUUUCCCUUGGCUCUUUCACUCCAGCGGCGAGUGCGAUGCUUCAAGAUUGUAGCGAGUUUGAAGAACACGAACUAACUAUUGUAGAGGAGUGGUGUACACGCCAUAACGUGGACGACAUCUUUCUCCUCGAGGAAGAGAUAGCCAUGCUGCUGACAACAAUCCGUGCAAACCAGGAAUUUUACCCGGCCUCGUACAGCGUGAAUCAAGGUUUUCGGCUGUCCUUCCUGAGAAUAUAAAUACAGAUGAUCCUGCGGCUUUGGAGACAAGAACAUCGCAGUGUACAUGCGAAGCUUGUCCGAGUCCGAGGCAGCGAUGCUGAGCCUCCGUUCCAGUCCAGCACCCCCACGGUUUCUCGAUGUU